AUGACUCAAAGUGCUAGGAUGCGGUCUGUUGUGGACUGCGGUCCCUGGUGCCUUAUUGGAUGCCUGUAUCGACUGAACAUGCCCCAAAAUCCUGUAUCCUUGGUCUUGGUCCAGGAGACCUCUAGGCCUACUUGCAUUAAAACUUACAUAAUUCUGCAUGUUAAUUACAAAUUCACAUCUUUCCAUCAGUCUACUUGGGUCCGACGGCCUUUUGAAGAUGACGAUGAGCUUCAGCCUGCAGAGGGGAAGAUGUAUCUGACUGACUUCCAGGUCGAGAAAUUUACCUAUUAUUUCACAGAUGUUUUUGAUCACAACAAAGAUCGAAUAAUCACCAUUGAGGAUAUCCAUGCUCUCAACGAAAGAAUGCGACAUUAUGCAGGAUGGUCUGAAGAUAAUGAGUACUACCUCACCAUGAAGGAAAUCCACGCUGACUUCUUUGAGUGUCUCCUAGAACACGUUGGUAAAAUUGAGCCUGAAUAUGGAUUCGAGUUCGAUGUGGACCGUAUCCCCGACCGUGUGCAGAUGUAUCAGUGGCUGAACAUGUGGGGCAACUUGACUCAUGGCGCAAGAGCAAUGGUCGACUUCCCGAUUUGGCUGCAAAUCCUUCCUAAGAUUCUGUUUAAAGUUAUCAACAGGAAAGAUGACGGCAUCAUCUCGUAUGACGAACUCCGGUGUUUCUACGCGCUCUUCAUCAAGUUGCCUGACGACGACGUGGAUCGUGUGACCGAGGAAGCUUUUAGUGCUCUGACGUCGAGUGGUGACUUUCAUCUUACGGAACGUGUCUAUUUGAUGGCCUUUGCUAACUUCCUUCUUGGCAAGACACCACACGGGCCUGGUAAAUACAUCUUUGGGGGCUUUAAGGACAGUGAAGUUGGUCCAUUCCAAGUAGAUUACUCGUGUUUAUUAGAACCAACAGAAGACUAGGGUAACUGAUACUCACUGAAAUCUUCCAGCAUACCAGUGGACCACAUGACCAAGUUACCAUUAUUGUAUCCAGAGCAUCAGAAAGAAAAUCUUCAAAAUAUCAGCACCUUUGGACUGACUAAUGUUACAUUAUUGCAUAUCAGAUAAUCAGUAUACAACAUAAACGACUCAUUGUGAAAUCUGCAAUAUAGAGUCACUUCUUGUAAAGUAUUAUUAUCGCUAGGCGCUGUUUCCUAGAUGUAACUCAGCGUUAGAGAUGCCUCAGUCACCUCGAUAUAUUCACCCCCCCCCUCUCUCUAGGUGUGUGUUUCUUUUUCCAGAACGCCGAUUGAGCCAUAAUUUAGUAUUUACAUUUUUAAUAAUAAUAAAGUUGACAUGAUAUACAAUAUGUACUCAGACUGGUCUGAUUACAUAUUUAACGUAACGGAGGUAGAGAAACCAGGCACGAGGUGACGAAAUGUUCGGUAAGCUGUGGAUGUUAUUAUAAAGUGGACGAUGCACGAUAAUUAUACACUCUUGGCGACUUGUUUUGUAAUACGCGCCUGUCAUAUUUGUUGCUGAUUACACUGUGUACACGAGGUCAAUCCACAUUCAGUUUGCCCUCAUCACACUGCUACAGCAUGUAGAGACAUUAGGUUUUGAAUAUAUAUUGCAAUUUAUCCCCCUUCAUCCCUUGCCUUUACUCAUGAACUAUGGUUUAAAACAACGUUGAAGACCGUAGGUGGAGUAGAUGUAGCUUUAUUAUCUUUGUCAUUAUUUCAUUAUAAGGCAGAAAUUGAAUCAGUAAUAAAAGCUCAUCCUUCACUGCAGUUACGAAUCCAUAGGACUUUUUUAUUUUUUAUUUUUAUUAUUAUUUUUUUUUUGUCAAAACCCAUCAUACCUUUGUUCAGACGUUUUAUUAUCCUUCUCUUCAAGUAUUUUGAUUACCUUUGUUACCAUACUUUUUGUUAACUCAGCAGCUUAUGGAUUAGGAAAUAGUAAUACUGAGAAAAGUAAUUUGACACAUGCAUAAUGCUUACAAUGAAGUGGGUAGUCUUUGGGCAGAGGUAUUAGUUUUGAAAUGAGGCCUGACCUACUUUUAUAUAAUAUCCUGUGGCAUGCCCCCUUAUAUAUUGGACUUGAACAAGCGAUGGCCGGACGUGAGAGGCUUCUAAUAUAGUAAACUGUAUAGUCUUGGUAUGCUGAUAGAACCUCGUAAUUAUGAGACGGAAGGCGAAUAACUAACGACAAUAUCUUUUAGGUUCUGAUGAUGAGUUUCAGUCACCUUGGUAACAAUCUAGCCGGGAAGCUGUGAUCUGCUCUCGAUAUGACUUGUGCAUAAUUUAAAAAAAGUUCUGCCCUUAUCUCACAGAGAGUAAGAUAUAUUUGAACAUUACAACGAAGUUCUCUGUAUUAGUUUCUUGAAGCUUUUGAAGGUAUAAUGUCAGGUAUUUAAAGCAGCAAAUGUUUGUCCACAGAUGUGUUUACUGUCAAUUAAGGUGUGUUCGCAAUAAAUUUGAAUUUGUACAUAGCAAGCAGUGGCUGCAGUUUACCCUUCCAAUCUCUUAAUCUUAUUUUAUGUUUAGAAUAAAAAAAGGAAAAUUGUUUUGAAUAAUACUGAAUCGAAUAUCACCUUUAACCCAGAAUUACUAAAAUGCAGACUUCAUAUCAAUCUAUAUUUGCAAGCAAUUAUAUGUAAAUUUUCUUUGAUUUAUUUUUUAAAAUCUAUUUAUUUAUUCAUUAUUAUUAUUUUGUGAGAGUGGGAGGAUCCCAUUCUAAUUUAGGAUCAGGCGAACUUUUUUCAACAUAUUUUUAUUUCAUUCCACUUACAUUUGAGGAUUAGCCUUUUAUUCACCAAUUUUACCUUCCGUGCACAAAAAGCUAUUUCGGUUUUCCGUUUUGAGUUAAAAAUGACAAACUAAAUUUGCAGAUUAAGCAGCAUGAUAAUGAUUCUUCAUGAAAAGUUCACAUCAUUAUGAAACUUUUCUUAUCUGAAACAUUUUAUAUCAAUGUAACUUACAGUACAAUAAUUUUUAAAUCUCCUUUGCGAAAGAAUUUACAUACGACUAUCGUUGUGUUAUGACAUUUACACAUACUGUUUCCCCUCCUUUUCUAGAUGUGUGUAAACAUUUCUAAAACGCUGGAUAUAUGUUUUUUUUUCUAAAUACGAUAAUGCUGUUGGUCAAACAACUACGAUUUUUUUCUUCAGGACUAUUCUGCUUGAAACAAAUUUAAUUUAUUAGGAAACAAGCUGAAUACCCGAAUUUACGUCACAGUUAGCACUUAUAAUUUUUAAUGAGUGAAAAAAACAAAGAUUAUGUGGCAACAUUAUCUGAUAAUAGUCUAACUUUAGUGUUAUAAUCAUUAAUCUGCAUCGUGAGGGACUAUACUGUUAAUCAAUUUUCAUUGCACCGCGUACAGAGUUGAAGAUACUACCUUGUCUUUGUAUUCCUUAUA